ACCUUCGUUGGGACCUUUCUCGAGAACCGUAGUUAUAUAGGUGUAAAGCUAACAAGUUAUUUACCUGCCGCCACCCUGUACAAAGAUGUCUUCUCACCGGAACGAUGAAGUGGCGCUCAGCUAUCACGAAUCGUGUCUCCGCCUGUCGGAUGUGGACCUGCUGAAGGGUCCGUACUGGCUGAACGAUCAGAUCAUUUCCUUCUACUUCGAGUAUCUCGAGAAGCAAGUGUUUGAAAACGAGCACGAUCUGCUGUUCGUCAGCCCGGAAGUUACCCAAUGCAUUCGGAUGGUGGCACAGGACGAUGUCGGCAUAUUUCUGGAACCGCUGCGCGCCCAACACAGAGCGUUUGUGUUUUUCGCACUAAACGACAACCAGCUGGCGGAUCGGGCCGGUGGUUCACACUGGAGUCUGCUGGUGUUUUCACGCGGCGAGAAAGCGUUCUACCAUUUCGAUUCAUCCCGCAACGCGAACGCCGAAUAUGCUCGCCAUCUGGUGAUGGUGCUGAAGCGGGCCCUGUACUGUCCGGAUGCGCAACUACGCACCGGGGACUGUCUGCAACAGAGCAACGGAUACGACUGUGGUGUGCAUGUGCUGUGUACGGUGGAUGCUGUGGCACAGCAGAUACGCAAAAGUGGCAAAAUCGAGGGCGUCCGUAGUGCACGGUACGAUGUGAUACGGUCCAAGCGGGAGGAACUGUUGGGAGUAAUUGUAACCUUAGGUGGCAGGAUUAAGUAGCCAAGUGAUUGGAAGCUUAUCUCAUAGAAAUGACUCUCAUGCUAAUAUAUCGCUGUGGAUUAAUCUUCCAUGUGAGGAAACAUAGGUGUUUUAACCGUUUAUAGCCCCUCUUUUGACCGGGGAUAGUUUUUUUAUUGCACCUUGUUUGAGACAUCUAUGUAAAAUCUUGUUUUGCACCCCAUGAUGUGACCAAUAUAACAAGAAAUGAUUUAUUUAUGUGAACCUUUAAUAUGUUUCCAAUAGUUUGUGUGUUAAAAUGGUGUCUAGUGAUAUUUAAUUGAUUUAUUUAAACCAUUCGUU